UAGAAGAUAUGGCAGAUAUUUUUCAUCGUCUCAAAAAAGUGUUUUAAAUGUUAGUCGAAUCAAUGGAAAUCAUGGCAAAUAGUGUUUUGAAAACUGAUACAAACAGUUUAAUAGUGGGCGAUCAUGACAUUAGUGCCCUUUUGACGCCACAAACGGAAAAACCCAACCAUUAUACGUAUCUGAAGGAGUUUCGCGUCGAACAGUGUCCUGCAUUUUUGCAACACAAAUGCAACCAACACAGACCCUUCGUGUGCUUUCAUUGGCAUUUUCAGAAUCAACGACGUCGUCGUCCUGUCAGAAGGCGCGACGGUACAUUCAACUAUUCCGCAGAUGUUUAUUGUCAGAAUUACGACGAGACAACAGGACUCUGUACAAAUGGCGAUGACUGCCCGUUUCUGCAUCGCACCGCCGGAGACACCGAACGCCGUUAUCAUUUGCGUUACUACAAGACUUGCAUGUGUGUACAUGACACAGAUUCGCGCGGCAAUUGCGUCAAAAAUGGGCAACAUUGUGCAUUCGCGCACGGAAUUCACGAUCAACGACCUCCCGUUUACGACAUCAAGGAGUUGGAGGCAAUGCAAAAUGCCGAAAAUGCUGCGGAUGCGGCAAAUGGACCAAAUGUUCUCGAUAAGGAGCGUAGUUUGAUGAAUGAAGAUCCCAAAUGGCAAGAUACCAAUUAUGUGUUGGCGAAUUACAAGACAGAGCCGUGCAAGAGACCGCCGCGUUUGUGCAGACAAGGAUAUGCGUGCCCGCAAUACCAUAAUAGCAAAGAUAAGCGUCGGAGCCCGAGGAAAUUUAAAUAUCGUUCAACGCCUUGUCCAAAUGUAAAACACGGCGAAGAAUGGGGCGAACCCGCAAAUUGUGAUGCCGGCGAUAAUUGUCAGUAUUGUCACACGCGUACCGAGCAACAAUUUCAUCCGGAAAUCUACAAAUCCACAAAAUGCAAUGACGUACAACAGGCAGGCUAUUGCCCACGCAGCGUCUUUUGUGCAUUCGCACACGUCGAACCAUAUGUUUUAACAGAGGAAUUAGCACAACGUGACAUGGAAGGACCUCCGAAUCCGUUAGCUUUGAGUGAAAUUAUUUCGAAUGCAUUGCCGCCAGAUCUUAGUUGCAGUCUAAAGAAAGAAUUGAAACCAAAUGAUUUUAUGAAUUUAAACGGAAAUGCCGAAAGUAGCGAAUCCGCAAGCACAUCAAGUAUAGGAUCCAAUCAUAGUUCUCACAAUAAGGCUCCCGGAGCACAAUUGCAUCAUCAUAAGAUCGGAAGUUUGUCGCAACAAUUCCAAAAUAAUCACUUAACUAAUCAUACAAAUAGUAAUUUAAUUAAUAACAUGUAUUCGAAUAAUACAUCUUUCAAUGAUUUCACUAAAGCAGAUGUUACUAAACAGCUAAUUUUAAUUGACAAUGACCCAUCUUUGACUCCAUUGGAAAAGGAACAACGCAAACGAAUGUGUUUAAACUUCAAUUUAGGAUACACAGGAGGAGUUCACAAUUCGUUAGAUGAAUUUGGUAGACGCGACAGUGCACAAUUUGGCAUCGAUAAUUCAAUGUCUGCAGGAAUUUUGCAAAAUUCAUCAGCGCCUAUUAAUGUUCCCGGAUCUCCAAUGGGAUUAUUACAAGGUCAAACAGCGCCCGUUAAUAUACCCGGAAGUCAAUUGAAUAGUUUUAGUCCGUCGAAACACGCAAAUUUAUUCGGCGUAACUGAUCCCUUUGGCAAUCCGGGAUCAUUUGGCGGAGGCUCCGCACCGAAAAUAAGCAAUUCCUAUGGACAAACAUCUGAUAAUUUGUUAUUCCAAUCGCAUUUGAUAUCGCCUCAUGGCUUUGAUGGGCUCUCAAUGAGCCCGGAUUUAGGACGCAUUUCCGAACUGAAUGCCAUCAAUAGUGAACUUAGUAACGCAGCUCCCGGGCAAAAUAGCUUAUUUGAUAAUCAUUUACAAUCAUCAGCGCCCGGCAGCAAGCCUCAUCACGGAUCGUAUUCGAUGUCGCCAUUAGUUACGGGCGGAUUGUCGGAAAUUACGCGUCUCCGUGAAGAAUUGCAAACGAAAAAUGUUCAACUUAGCAAGAUGGAGGAACAAACUGCUGUAUGGCAGAAAGAAGUAGAAGAUAGAAAUCAUAAAAUUCAACUCGCAGAGCAACAACGUGACGAAGCUCUUUCCCAAAUCAAGCAAUUGAAGGAAAAAGUUGAGCAAUUAAAUAUAUCUGCAGCUAAUUUUAGGACUAACGAAUUGCGUGGCAUGCCUUUGCAUAAGCUAAAAACAUUACAGGCGAAAUUACGAUCUGAAUUAGAAGAAGUAGAUAAUGUGUUGUAUGUAGAAACCGCAAGCAAAUGUAUGAUAUGUGAGGAAAAUCCUCGUUCUGUGACUUUAGUACCAUGCAAUCAUUAUGCUUUAUGUGAUACUUGCGCCGUCACUCAACGCGAAUGUCCAUAUUGCCAAACUCCCGUGACUUCCCAAGCAUAAGAAGCUAAACUUGAUUUAUUUUCGUGUUUUUAAAAUGUUUUAAAAACAAAACUUAAUGUAUACUUUCCUUUUUUAUGAUAUUUCUAUCAUUUAACUUUUUUUUAUUAACUUAACAUUUUUUUAUAUUAAUGUAUAAUUCUGACUUAAUCAUGACUAUAAGUAGAAAAGAACGUGUGUCAGAAAGAAACCUAAAAAUUAUUUAGAGUCUUAAAAAAAGAUAAAAAUAUUAAUAAUGAUUCUACUAAAAAUAAUAUUAUUAUGAUAUACUACUAUUAUUGAUAAAUUUAACACAAAAAGUGAUGUUUGAAGAAGAAGAAAAGAAUAAACUUAAAAUUAAACAAAAAAAAAAACUAAAAUAUAUUAGAUGUAUGGAACAAUACAAACCUCAUUAAGAAAAAAAAAAAUGAAAAGAAAACUAUUUAAAAAAAGAUGUAUAGUAUUAUAUUGAUAUAAAAUUUCCUAAUUAUAAUUAGGG